GGGAGUACCGUCUCUUUCAAUCCGUCUAUAUAUGCUGUCAUCUAAUGCUGUGUGAUUGCGUGGAGCUCAUUUCAUCACAGGCAUUUGUGAGACACUGUGAAAACUAUGGUUACGGUUGUAAAUAAUACUGCCUGGUCUGACGGUGCUUCUUUCCUUGGAUUGCCCGUAUUCCGCCGGUAAGGAAUAUGAGUUUACUACUUCGGAGUGCUGCCGCUGUUGCUACUGACUCUGGGCCAAUAGGAAAGACCAAGAACAAGGGGUGUAAGCAAUUUGUUUUGAUGUUCCAGUUAUCUUUGCUGGAUGGAUGGAUUGCUGGGGCGCUUUCCAGUGCAUAAACGCUAUCAAUCCAUGAAGAACGGGGUAUUGAUGGACUGCAAGAGAAUUCAUCCUUGGGUCCACAUCCUUUAUGCGGAUCCACAUACACGGCGCCAGGGAAUUGUCCUCUGCGUGGCGCCAGCCAAUCGGACUUUAUGUCCUCUCGGCUAACUGGUCGUCCAUUAGCGCCAGUAGGUGCAAAGUUACCGCACACAUUCCAGUGGCAUGCAGGCCCAUCUUUGGUUUCGUUUCUGACAUGGUUGCCUCGUUUCUUCUCGCUUUCCAGCUGCACUCCAUCGCUCUCGAGGUUUACGGCGGUCGUGCUUUGCAAUACAGCGGCGCUCACGAAAGUUCAUUAAACGAGCUUAAUUACCAUCCAGGCGGCUUUCGGUUUAUAUAUCCUGGGCCACAGGGCGAGCUCUAGAUAUCUGCACAAGAGGAGGAGGAGGAGUGAAGGUUUCGGGACGCGGGCACACUCUCACGCUCGUUUCUUCGCAAUGGGAGAGCGCUCGUCUCCUCUGCUGCUAGCGGUCCUGGUAAUCCUUGGAAUCUCCUCAUGUGGACUAACUGUUUCUGCUGCGAGACCCCUGGAAGAGCAGAAGACGCUCGACUGGCUCCACUUCCCGCCGCUUCCUCCAUUCCCAUACUUUUCGCAUCCAAGUCCAGGGUAUAAGCCGCCAUCUUAUUCUUACCCGGCUCCAGAGUACAAGUCCCCUCCAUCUUAUUCUUAUCCCACUCCAGAGUACAAGUCUCCUCCAUCUUACUCGUACCCGGCUCCAGAGUAUAAGUCUCCUCCAUCUUACUCGUACCCGGCUCCAGAGUAUAAGUCUCCUCCAUCUUACUCGUACCCGGCUCCAGAGUACAAGGCUCCUCCCACGGUUCCUUCCACUCCAGCUCCGGUUUACAAGCCUCCCACGGUUCCUUCCACUCCAGCUCCGGUUUACAAGCCUCCCACGGUUCCUUCCACUCCAGCUCCGGUUUACAAGCCUCCCACGCCUUCUCCCGUCUACAAGCCUCCCACUCCGGUUUACAAGCCUCCGACUCCUUCUCCGGUGUACAAGGCUCCUCCGCCUCCGUCGUCGGGCUACUAGCGCGAGCGAAGUGAAAGCAAUGUAGCAAGCUCUUUCAAGGAAUGCUGCUCUGUGGGAAGAGCGGAGAGAAAAUAAUAUUUGUUCCAAGCCAGGCGGAAAUGCGCAACAAGCGUUGCUCUGGUUUCUUUUCCUUUUUCUUUGGUUUUCUCCUUUCUUGUCCUGAUCUUGUACAUUGGAAGAGCUAUUAAACUUUUUAUUAGAAACAAAUAUUGAAGAACA